AGUGUAAGGUUGGAUCCUGUGGAAGCACUGAGGAGUCUAUCAUCCUGUUCUUGGGACUUUUUUUUGGUCACCUGAUUCCGGACUGUGCGCGUUGAUCAGCGCAGUGGAGACGGCUGUGCGUAAAAGAUAACUGGGCAAAAACAACAUGUCAGACAGCGCGGGGUGUGAUUUUGAAAUAGACGUGGAAAGUUUGGAGACUGAGAGCGACGACAUGGCCGAGGCGCAGAGCCGCCCCGGGUCCGCGCCGCUCGGGCCCUCCACGCCCUCAGAGGAGGACGGGGAAGGAGUCCGGCCCGAGGACAAACCGGGAGCCAGCGGCCUGUCCGGGGACCAGAGGAAGUUAAGCCGGACCCCUAAAUGCGCGCGGUGCCGUAACCACGGCGUGGUGUCGUGUCUGAAGGGACACAAGCGCUUCUGCCGCUGGAGGGACUGUCAGUGCGCAAACUGUCUUCUCGUGGUGGAGAGACAGCGGGUCAUGGCUGCGCAGGUCGCCCUGAGGAGGCAGCAGGCUACAGAGGACAAGAAAGGAAUAUCUGGGAAACCGCUUCCUGCAGAAAGAAGAGCCAUUUACCAACGACAUAUCAGACCGUCCACCAUGCUGGCCAAAAGCAUUUUAGAAGGAUACCGUCCAGUGCAGCCUGAUCCUUUCCUGAGUCCUGGCCCGUCUCUGCCUCCUUUGAGCGACCGCAUGAGGAAGAGGAGGGCGUUUGCCGAUAAGGAGCUGGAGAGCAUCAUGCUGGAGAGAGAGUACAAAGAGCGGGAGCUUCUGGAGGCUCAGCCGGGGCCUAACCCUCUCCUCUUCCCCAGCAACGUGGUGCACCACGCGGCCGAGUACAGCUCCUACAGGAGCUACUCCCCCCCAGCACACACAGACCCUCAGACCAAAGACCUGUGUGGCUUCAUGGGGCCCAACUGCCUGGAGCUGCCAGUUCAGUACCCCAGCGGCCCCAAUGUGGAGCUCAUCUCCUCCAACGUGAGCGUGGCCACCACUUACAGACACUUCCCCCUGCACUCAUCCAGAGGAGGGCUGGUCAUGUGGCCCCGGGGCCCGGCUAACCUGGGCGAUGCACUCCUCUAUCAACAGUGUCUGCUCAAUGCUACGGCCAUGCAAAACAUGAAGCCCGGAGCCGUGUGGGAGCCCAAGGUCAUGCCCACGGAGAGCCAGCCCCCGGAGCAGGACACCGCGGCGGCAGCUGUGAGCAUGGCCAAACUGGAAGGGUCCAGGGCAGCGCUACAGGAGCCUGUGGAGCCCAAACAUCACAGCACUACAACAGGACAUAGACAGAGGGAGUGCUCUGCAUUCUCUCCCCCCAAAAGGGGCUUUGCUCAGGCCUUCCCCUCUAACUCUUCCACACACCACAGCUCUGUCCUGCACAAACUGAGCAAAGACGCUGUGAAACACAAAGUGAGCUCUCUGCACGCUCUCGUACAGGACAAGAGCAGCAGCGGCCCCUCCUGUAAAGAGCUGCUGGAGGAGGCAGCUCGUAAGUUCAGAGACUCUUGUGUUAGAGACAAUGUGAAGAUGUCCAUGUAUCCCAAAGACUUACUGUCCAAACCUGUGGGGACAAAGAUGUCCUCUGGUGAGACGCUGUCCUUCUCUGUAGAGGCCAUCCUAAAGAGACCCACACCGGCUGUGAGUGCAGUGUUCCACUGACUCUUAAACUCUUGCACUACGGCUCACAACUACAAGCUCUGCAGCAAAAGUAAAUGCUUUUUCACACCAGCAGCUGUAAAAUUAAUGAUUCUGUGGAGUAUUUCAAAUGAUUCCAGUGAUUCCUGUAGUUGCAUGUCUGAACUGAUUCCAUCUCCGUUUUUGAACACACAAUUUCAACGUUUCAACAGUUCAUCUGUUAAGUCACCAGCUAUUUUAACUUCUUUGUCAGAAAAAAACACGUCAUGAAAAUAGAAAAAAAAUGUGUUCAUUUCAGUUUUGUAAAUUUGUUUUGGUUAUUUUGUAGACAAUAGAUUACACACAUAUAUUUAAAACAUACAGUUUUGGAAAUUUAAUAAAAACUAUUUUAAAGUUAUCAGUUGUUACAAGUUAUUAUGACACAAUAGAGAAUCUAGUUAAUAUAUCUGUGUUUUGUUUUUGAAGUUCAUACUUCAUUAUGAGAUAAGCUGCAGCUUGUUGGGGCAGAAGCUCACGGCUGGAGUCUUUCACGCAAAUGCUUCUGUAAACAGAAAGAUGACAGAUAAGACUGAUAUCCUGGGCUUUAUACUGCGGCUGUUAGCCUCAGAUACUAUGGCAUUUUUUUUUUUAUUAGAAAGUUGAAUAAUAAAUCCCAUCACUCUCUG